AUGUCUGUACUUUCAACGCUUGCACGCCAACAGAGUACUUUCACCAACUUAAUCAAAGAUAUUAUUGAUACAACUGAGCUCAUAAACAAUGAUAUUGACGGUGAAUCAGACAAUAGCAAUGAGACAACUUAUACAUCCAACAAGCGGGCGCCUCGGGUCCCUGUUGACCUGGAUAACCUUAGCCUGCAAGAACGGCUUGAUGGUUUUUGUUUCACUAAGUCCAAGGUUGAUAGGAUGAUUGUAGCGUUGGACAUCCCCAUACGAAUACGCUGUGAGAACAGGGUUUCCAAGCCUGCAAACGUUGCACUUCCAAUUCUAUUACAACAACUUGCAUACCCUGCCAGAUAUGUCAACAUCUACCACGCAUACAGAUGGGAAAAAUCCCAAUUUUCCUGGGUGACACGUGCCCUUGCACUAUACCUGUACUAUUGGUGGUCCCAUAUCCUAUAUUUUGACCCUCAACAACUUAAUCAAGCAAAGCUAGCUGCCUAUGCAGCUGCUGUAUAUGACAAAGGGGCUGUGCUGCACAAUGUUUGGGGAUUUGUCAAUGGAAACCUCUGGCAAACAGCACAGCCAGUUUGCAAUCAGCAAAUGCUUUACAAUGGAUGGAAGCAAAUUCAUGCACUAAAGUUCCACUCAGUAUGCACACCAGAUGUUGUAACCACACUGUAA